UUAACCCACGCAGUUAUUUUAUCUAGGGCCUAAACAUUAAAUACAGAUAACUAUGCAUAUAGUCGACCCUCGUUUGGUAAUAAAUACCUUGUCCUAGAAAUCACUGUUUUCAUCGUGAAAAAACGAAUACCUAAGAAUCACUGUUUCUGGUCAAGAUUUUGCUGUCCUCACACACACCAGAGGGUUUUGGUCAUUCAAAAAAUAUAGAGACACACACACACACAAAAGUACACGUACGGGUGUGUGUGUGUGUGUGUGUGUGUGUGUGUGUGUGUGUGUGUGUGUGUGUGUGUGUGUUUUCAUCAAGAAAACAAUUGCUGCUGCUUUAAUUUUCUUGUGCUCACAUAUAUGCUUCUGCAAAAAAACUGUAUUAAGCUGAGAUGGAUGAGCUAUACAGGUUCCAUUCCUCUAUCAACAGUAAUUUUCUCGGAGAUGGGAGCAACACGAGCAGCAACAGUAAUAAUAAUAAUAGUAAUAGUAAUAAUAUCGCUGGUUUUAGCGAUCAUUAUUACAUUAAUCCUCAUAGUAAUAACAAUCCGGAGAUAAUGGUUCUAACAGCAGCAGAUCAUGAAGUUGCGACGACGACGACGGGUUUGGCGGAGAUGUCGGAUUUAAUCAAGGCCCAGAUCGCUAAUCACCCUCUUUAUCCCGAAUUACUCUCCGCCUACAUCGACUGCAGAAAGGUGGGAGCACCUGAAGAAAUGGCUUCACUACUUGAAGAAAUCAACACAGAAAACAACCACACAACUACUCAUCAUCAGAUAAUUGGAGCAGAUCCUCAACUUGAUGACUUCAUGAGAUCGUACUGUGAAGUUCUACAGAAAUAUAAGGAGGAACUGUCAAAGCCAUUUGACGAGGCGACAAAUUUCUUGAGCAUAAUUGAAUCUCAGCUCACUCUUCUUUGUAAUCAAACCCUACCAUCCUCCACCCAUCCUUUUCAUUCUGAUGAAGUUGGCGUGUUAUCGGAGGAGAAUAUGAUGAAUUUGGAAGGGGUUGAAUACAAUAGUAAUAAUAAUAGUAAUGAAGGUGAUAAUAAUACUAAUAAUAACAAGGAGCUAAAAGAGAUGCUAAUGAGGAAAUACAGCGGCUAUCUGAGCACUUUGAAGAAGGAGUUUCUGAAGAAAAGGAAGAAAGGUAAACUACCAAAGGAUGCUCUAACCGCCCUGCUCGACUGGUGGAACACACAUUAUAGAUGGCCCUAUCCCACGGAAGAGGAGAAAAACAGGUUGUCAGAAAUGACAGGAUUGGACCAGAAGCAAAUAAACAAUUGGUUCAUUAACCAGAGGAAAAGGCACUGGAGACCAUCUGAGGAUAUGAGAUUUGCUCUUAUGGAAGGCGUUAGUGACGGAUCCACACUUUUCGACGCUAAUAAUAAUAAUAAUAAUGGAGGCCUGGGCACCUGAUCGAUCAAAAACAUAAUUAAUCAUUAAUUAAUUAAUUAAUUACUUUAUGGUGCUAUUUCAAUAUUUUAUUAUAUAUAGGUACGUAACUACUUGAAUUGGGUGUAUAAUUUGCAUGCCUUUCAUGA